GAAGUUUAUGUAAUUAAUGGACUAAAUUUGUACAAAUUAAGGGAAGGUAUAAAUUUUGAUAUGGCUUGUAUUAUUACGGCCAAAAAAUGAAAUUUCCCUAUAUAUAUAUAUAUAUAGGGAAAUUUACACCCACUACUGUUUUUUCCCAAUUUAUUACUUUUAUACUGUUGCACGGCAAAUACAACAUUUAUACUGUUUUUUUUUUUUUUGGCAGUUUACUGCCUUUAAAACUUUAGCCGCUUGAUGUGAGUGGUGUUUGUUUUUCAUUGCCACUUGUCACGAUAGGGUUUUGCCACGUUUUUUUUUUUUAUAAAAAAAAAGUAAUUGUUUUGAUUUUGACGGUUAUGUGUUAUGAUCAAAAAGUGUUGUAUUUAUGUAUUUUUCUUUUAUUUUUUUUAUAUUAUUUUCGAAUCUAAAUUUUGUAAUUGGUAUUCUCUCUCACCUCAACUGUUCAUCUUCUUCCCCAUUUUCAGUUUGCUUAGACGGUUGUAAUAGUGGGUAGUUUUUUCAUUUUAAAAAAUUUCAAAUCCCAUCCCACUAUCUUAAACUUCCCUCUCAUUUUCCCUCCCAUUUUUAUUAUUUUUGUCUAUAAAUACCUUCAUAGUUCUUCAUAAUGGCCGUUACUCGUUCAUCACCAUCUCCGGCCAAAGUUACAAAACCCAGAAAACAAUCGCAGAAAACCAGACCCAAAUCAAAAAUGGGUAAAAAAAAUCUGAAAGAGAACCCUCCUAGCCCCACUUCCCCUUCUGUUAAAAGAAAAACCAUUGCUGGACCUUCGAAGAACACUCGAGGAAAAAGACCUCGAACUGUUGUUGAAAAUUCAGACUCAGAUUUUGAGUUGGAUUCUGAAUUUCUUAAGUCGCCUGUUUCUGUUAAGGUAUUUUACUAUUUAUCUGUUGUUGUUUUUGAGGUUUUUUGUUUUUUUGUUAAAUUCGAUAUUUGAGGUUCAUAUAUCUGGGUAUUUGUUUGUUUUUGUUUAUGUAUUUGUAAUUGUUUUAUAUAUAUUGUUCGAUUUAUUUAUGUGUUUUUGUUAAUUUUUUAUUUGUUGUUUUGUUGGUGUUGUUAUUUUUUAUUUUAGGGCAAGGGUAAAUCCCCUGUGAAGGUGUUGCCAUCAUCAGGUGUUUCUGAAGAAAUUCCUGUUAAUAGGAUUGUUGAGGUUUGUCAUGUUAUGCAUUCUGUUCUAUGUUUUUUUGUUGUUUUUUUGUUGUUGUUAUUUUCGUAGUGUUUUUUGGUGUUUUAUCAGUGUUUUCAUUGUUCUGUUUUUUAGGAUUGGGAAUGCAAGUACACUCGAUCUCAAUUUUAUCAUUCUAGAGUAGUAACAUCUGGUUAUUACUCUGUACUUGGUGACAUUAAGAGAAUUCUAACUGAAAGCCAAUUGGAAAUUUUUUCAAAAUCUGUGUUUGGUUAUUUUCUUCGAAUUCCUGAGUACAUAAUUCAUUACCAAUUGCUGCAUUGUUUGCUGUUGAGGGAGGUUCAGCAGCCUAAUGGGUUGGAGUUUUGGGUUUGUGUCCAAGGGAAAUACCUUAGGUUUAGUAUCGAAGAGUUUGCGUUGGUCACGGGGUUAGAUUGUCAUGUUGAUUCUGAUUUUUAUCAGUUUAAGCAAGAUGAUAAUGAAUUGGUCAAAUCUUGUUUUAAGGGGUACAAAAAAAUUACCAAGGGUGCUAUUCAGACUGCUUUUAUUGCUGACAAUCUUAAGGAUAACGACGAUCUUGCAGUCAAGUUGGCUGUAUUGUAUUUUGUGCAGUGUUAUUUGUUAGGUGGUCCCCCGGGUAAAGUUGUUUCGUCUGAGGAAAUAGAUGUUGUGGAUAGUGGUCGAUAUAAUGAAUUUGGGUGGGGCAAGCAUUGUUUUGAUAUCACUAUGCAUUCUUUGAAGGGUAAGAUAGAUUCUGGUUAUAAGAGGGUAGUUCGUAGUGACGAGGAUGGUGGGUAUUACAGGUUAUUGGGUUUUCCUUUGGCUAUUCAAUUCUGGUUUUUCGAGUGUUGCCCGUAUGUUAUUGGGAAACUAUCCUUGUACUCAAAUGUUGGCAUUCCAAGGAUUUUGAAUUGGCCUAAAUUACCCAAGGACAAGGAGGGUAUGGUGAAAAUGGAUGUCAUGAACACCCUCAUUUUCGAUCGGUCUUUGAAAGAGUUAAAAUUAAGAAACCUCACUCCAACUUCCGUUGAGAGAUUGAGUUUGAGCCUCACUGAUUUUUUCUCUGGUGAGACUACUCCCGAGGCUGUGAAAUUCAAAAUUAAAGGUGGUUCCAAGCCUGCUGGUCAACCUGGCUUGAUGGGUUCUUCUUCAUCAACUGCUCAUGAGAAUGUCUCCCGAGUUGAGUUUGAGGAAUUUAAAAAGUGUUUAUCUGUUGUUGUCGACGGCAAGGGAUUCUUAUGA